AUGAGCGCGCCUCCCGAUAUUCAUCCCCCCACAAAGAAGCGCAAACGCAUGCACUAUGCUUGUGUCGAGUGUAACCGACGGAAACACAAGUGCGACCGCAAGAUCCCUUGUGGUCCGUGCACCCAGCGCGGGAUUGCCGAUGCUUGCCGACCAUUCGAAGACGGAGACGAACAUGGAGACCUUCGUGCCCGACUGAGUCGAGUUGAACACAUUCUCGAUGGUCUUCUCGCUCGAGAGAAAGUGGGCGAACAAUUGCAAGUGACCCCGCCUGGGCCCGAGUCAAGUGAUGGACGCAGCCGCACGGUUCCAAGUCCAACAACCAGCGCCAGUGAGCGACGGGACCCCGAAGAGCGCGAAGAACACCUCGACGGAGGCUUGACAGGUGCUGCAGGCAACUACUUUGGUGGGAACGCUCUCCCAUCCGUUACCUCCACCUCCAUCGAGGCGGAACUCAGAGGAAACACCAACGCACAACACCCUCAUUCUACCACUCAUUCUACUCGUACAACUCAGGCCAACCUUGCCUUGCGACAGCUUAUUGCCGAAGGAGGCGCUCCCCCCGAUAUCUUGCUCACCCUACUAUCCGAACUCCCACCCAAAGACGACAUUAAAACCCUCCUGGAUAUUUUCUUCCGUGAUAUCAACCCUGUUAGGUUUCCUUUGCCAGAACGAGACAUUAGACGAGCCUUUGACGAACUGAACGCUUUCACUUGGGGCUCUGCUCGAGAAGACGGCGACGAUGGCGCAAGCCACCUUAUUUUUCUCCCACUCCUGUUCAUGAUCAUCGCGACUACCACGUUUUGUCUCCCACUCGCAAUGUCAAACCGAAUCGAUGUCAAACUCCAAGCCAAGCGGUAUUACCAUUCCUACCGGCGUGCUGCCUCGAUCGCCUCGCUCCUUCCGGCAACAACGACGCUUGCAUAUGCACACUUGCUCGCCACACGCUUCCUUAUCAUCAUACGAACUCCGGGUGAUGCCUGGUCCCUCCUUGGCGCGACCCUUCGCACAGCCCAAGCUCUCGGCUUACACCGUGAUGGCGCUCGUCUUGGCCUGCCCGCUCCCGAGGCCGAACGGCGACGCCGCCUUUGGUCUCAUCUAUUCUAUUCCGACUCUAGUCUCUGUUUAAUGCUUGGUCGCCCAAUGGCAGUUCGCGUUGGCGACUGUGACGCUUCACCUCCUGGAAAGGCAAGGCUCGACGAAGACGGUGAAGACGAGGUGCCCGAAGAUCAACGUAUUUGGGACGAACGGCCUACGCGAUGGUCAUUCUCUGCACUUCGUCAUUCCUUGGCCCAAAUCACAGCUCGGGUAGUUGAACACUUCCAGGACCUUGCUGGUGGUCGCCAUUAUGAUAAUGUCCUGGCUCUGGAUCGCGAAAUCGUUACAUUCUAUGAGUCUCUCCCAGCACCCUAUCGUCUCGAUGCGGGUGAGAAAGCUCGCACGGUCAUGAGCGAGCGGCUUCGCGGACGUAGACAAAGUGGUCGAGAUCAGCAACGGGCGAGUAGUCGAUCAACGGACCGAGGUACAAUCGCUGGAAGCCCGAACCAGGACGAAUCGAUGGAUAGCGGUCCUGAGCCCGAGGGGAGACCCACGAAACCUCCACCGUAUGAGGAGCCCGAGCCCGGAGCGUACCCAAUGCUCCCCACCCAUCGAUUCAUGAUCAACACCGAGAUACAGUACGUGCGCAUUGCGUUGCAUAGGCCAUACGUGUUACGCGCGGGUGAAAAAUAUGAACCGUCUCGUAAUGCUUGCUUCGAGGCCGCGAGAAUUGAUCGACGUGCGAGGGAGGUUUUCAGAAGAGAGGUAACAUGGCCAGACCAUCGGGCCAGAAGGGAUCAUAUGGGUGGACUGUACCGGUUGUUCAACUCGACCAUGAUAUUAGGAAUUGCACUGCUGCUCAAUCCUGCGGGUCCGAACGCUGCUGAGCUCCGGGGAUAUCUUGAUGAUUUUAUUCAACUCCACGCAUCUCAAGCUGUGGACGUCACAUCCUCGCGAGAGGUUAAAAUUAUCCAGCUAUUCCGCGCAAAAGCCGACGAUGCUCUCCGACUCCGUUCCCCGACGAAACUAACGGGUGGUUCGACUCCCACACCACAAAUGACAAGAGAACCGCCCAAUCAAAUUCAGCAUACUCGUCAUCCGGGUGCACGGGCCUUCUCUCUCGACUCGCACAGCGUACCUUUCCCGACCUCGAAUCGUAAAACCCCACCUCAAGCCCAUGGGCGAAUAACAUCUCCCCCGCCCGGGUCGCGCCGAUCGCGCUCCCGGACUACACUUUCUUCGGUGCUUAUACCUAAUUCCGCGCCGAUUGAAAACCGCCCGCUCCCCCCUGGGGCCUCGCCGACUGCCAGUUUCCCGCAGCCGUUUAGCCCCACGACGACGUUUGCUGUUUCGAAUCAUCGUCGCUCAUCCAGUGUCUCACUCAGCCCAACGACUCCUCGUGAAGCCCAAACAAUGCUUUCCCCAGCACCCCGCGCAGUGUCACCAUUCUUGAUGCUGGGGUUAAACGGGCCUGAGAACGGCACGCCGCCCAAUAACUCGAACCCAGCACUCCCCGACAGCGCGUCUAAUCCGAACACAACUCCAUUUGGACAACAAGACGUCCUUUCUUUCCCCGACGAUACCCAAGCGUUGUUCGAUCAAGCGAGCUGGCAAUAUGCACUCGCGAACCCGGGGUCUAUGAGCAUCGGCUGGGACUGGGCGCCUGUAAGUGGUGCUGCUGCAACCCCCAACGGCCUCGGACUUGGGCUAGGAUUAGGAAUUCCCGAACUGGGGGCGAUCGAUACGUUUGUAUUCGGAAGUCAAACUGGUUUCGGGGAUACGAAUUUACUGGGGGGUACAGGGAGCGAAGCGAGCUCGAGCCCACCGCAGCUCAUGGUUACGCAGGCAGAUACGCCCGAGGCUCUGCUUGCCCCUGGGUCGGAAGCCCGCGUUCGAAGUGGGGCAGGGAAAGGCAAGGCGCCCGAGGGGUGGGGGUAUUGGGAAGGCUUGGUGGAUGCUAUCGCCAAUCACCAAGGGAUCGGAAGUGGUUCGGGUUCGGGUGCUACCAACAGGGAUUCAGCUUCAUAG